UUUCUUUCUCCUCCCCGUGAGCAGUAUAAUGAGCAACAAAAAGAGUUAGAGCUAAGUCCCUCUUUUAUAGGCUGGAAAAUUCAAUGCCAACAUAACUCCUAGCUGUAUUAAUGGAUAUUUAUAUGACAAGUUAGAUACCGAGAACGAGGCUGGGGUUAAAAAGUGUAAGGGGACACAACAGAUUUCUCAGCCACCUUCUGUUUGACAAAAUCCGAGCACUUGGUGCAACUUGGAGCUCACAACAGUAGUCAAACAUGUCACCAAUCUGAAAUAUAGUUUUUGGUUUGAGGUGAAGAUAGCACUGCCCAUUUUCUCAAGAGUCGAUUGGAAUAUGCAGAAAGUGCAAUGAGAGAGUUUCAGCUUCAGAGGCUUUUGACAUGAAAGUUCAACAAUCAACAGGGUCUGAUCAAGAGGGACUUAAAAGUCACAGCCAUCACAAUCCGCAUCAGAAAGCUGCGAGGCCACUAUCACAGAGCACUUCAAAGUUGCCAUCGAGAGCAUUUGAUGGGAUCGUGUUCUUGACAUUUUCUUGUUCACAAAUUCUUUCCUGUCUUAAAAAUCAACCAGGAGUCUUCCCGCACCCACCACCAAUCCCUUUGCCUUCGAGCUCACCAAACAUGGGCGUGUUCUAUCAUGAAGAAGAGCCACCAAACCCCCCAAAGAGAUGCAAGUGCCUCUCUGCAGCACUCAAGGAAGCAUUCUCUCGGUGCCAUACUUUUGAUAGACAGCUCUCGCAGUCAACCCCUAAAGAGGAGUAUCCAAUGAGCGAUUCCGACGAUGAACAGGAAGAGGUUGUUUCAGAGAUUCGCAGUCGAGCCAUGGAGAAGCUAAGGCGCAAGGCGAACUUCACUACCGAGAGCUUUUCCUUUGUCUUCUCUCCGGGCAUGGACGAGCUAUCUUUCACCUGUCGACAGGAGGCCAAUCAUGACGAAGACGACAGGGAGGAAUUCAUCACCGUGAGGAGCUGUUUCACCUGCUGUUCUAGCGCUGCAACUGAAAGCAGGGACGAGUUCGUGACCGUGAGGACCAACUUCUCGCGGUGCUCAAGCUUGAACGAGAUGAUGAUCCAAGAAAUGCGGCGGCGCUCAAUCAUUCAGGAGUUCUGUCACUGCGAGGGGUGGCCGUUCGGCCUGUGCCGGAAGCUUCUGUUGCUUCCGCCUCUGCCCAAGUCUCCAACAGAGUCAUGGUCAUGGAGGAGAGGCACUAGGCUGAGAAGGAUGCCCUAUAUUUAGUGCUUCUUUGAUCUGUGGACUCUUUGUUGAUUGUUCAUGUAAUAAAUGGGUAGUUUUGGACAAA